GCGGGAAUCAACCACCAUUAACAAGUUCAUCUCUUCCCUCAGCUGAUCUCAUCGUCUGCAAUGAGCGCGUGCCUGCAUGUGGUUAUGCACGACCCAAUGCUACUCAUAUAAAUUUCCAUUAACAUUGAUUUAUGUGCAGCCAACGAUGAGUGUCGACAGGGAAAGGCUUUUUAAUGCCCUACAAUUACAAAGACAAAAUGUAUGUGUAAAUUUUGCUUGGGGUCUUCAACUUUGCUUUCCAAUGCCAUCGCUCUCGAUUAAAUCAUUCUACGUCAAUGAACUCGGUGUCGAUGUGUUAGUUCCAGUUUCCUACCGGGAUCUGGGAACUCUGAAAAGAAUCUCAGAACAUGCAGCGAAAACACAGCCUGGCUUAGACAUUAUGGAUCCCUCUUCUGGAUGUAGCUUACAUAUUAAUGAAACUAAAAUCAAGUGUGCAUCAGGGAGCUUUGUGUAUACAGCAGUUCCUCAUCUGAUUACACUUGUUACACACAAUUUGUUUGGGUUCAAGAUCGAAAUGCCUAGUAAAGUGAUGAAUAUCCAUCUAUGCAAAUUGGUAGUUGUUGAAUGUGGGCAGCACAUCAAAUUCCACUCUGAAUCCGAGAAAAAACCAGGGACAUUUGCCAUAAUAGUCUUGACAAUCCCAGUUGAGGGUGGCUAUUCAGGAGGGAAAAUAAAUGUUGAAUGUGAUGGUCAAAAGCACAGCUUUCAGUUUGAACAAGGCAGUGAUCACCAGUUCUCAUUGGUUGCGUUUUUUGAAAAUUGUUACCACGAAGUAGAACCUAUUUCCGAGGGCUGGAUGUUGGCGAUGGUAUUUCAUCUCGUCUGGCCAGAGGCUGUUGAAACAGGCAUUUCUCCUCUUGAAUUCCCUGUCUUUAUAAAAGCUUUUAGCGAAAUCAGUGAAGAACUCAUGCCAUGGUCUUUUAUCCCAGCAUUUCCGGGAAAAGGGUGCACAUGGCCAGCAAGAAAGCGUGAUGCUGGGAAUGCCAGUGAAAUGAAUGGUAGUUUCGUAUCCAUAAAUCAACUUGAAAAUACCGACACCUCUGCUCCUUCUGGGAAGUCCGAUUUUUAUGAAUCAGAACACAUUGACGACGCCAAAAUAGCUGGGAACCAAACUGAUGAAGAUAGAGUGCGGUGUACUACUGCAAUACUUCUGAAGAAUUUAGUAUACGAGGAGCGUGUCCUGUUCUUUCCCCUGCAAGGAAAAUAUGACAACACUAAGCUAUCCUUUACACAACUAGAGGGCCGUGAUCGUCUAAUAGCUCACAUUUUCCAGUCAAUUGGGUUCUUAGACGUACAUCUCACGGUUAUUUCUCAAUUGACUGACAACAAGCGGGAUCACUGUGUUGAUUGGAAAAGAAAUUUCGAUUGGAACGAACGGAUUUUUCAAGUCGUUAAAUGGAUUGAAUCGAAAGAAAAUUGGCCACUUUCACAACAACUUACGCUGGAUGGGCAGACGCAGCUUGUUGGUACAAUUGAUCGCAUCGCAUGGUUAGAAAAUGGAACGAACAUUGAAGCCAAAAAUAUGAUGACUUACUAUCAUAACGCCCUCGUCAUUCAACCCCGAAGUCAGUCAAUUCGUCAUGCUUGCCGAUACCAGCUAGGUAUCGACUCCGUUAUCAAUUACAUGGAACAAAAAAUACUACGAAUACUGGAAACGACGACUGAUGUUCCUUCCUCUGUCCAACAAGAGCUUGUCUCGACUCUCAAACAAGUGAUAGCUUUCUCCAUGGCAGAACCACGUAUAGUAUGGGCGGAUCCUUGUCCAGCAGCAAAUCAACGGAGUUGGCGCCUCAUAGAGUUGUGUAUUAAACUGAAGGCCGAGCAAGAAGGUCUUGAUCUCUUGGAAUCGAUGGCUACUUACGUGGUUAAUCCAAUCGAAACGAUAUCCCCUACCAGUGGCAUUCCUAACGUAUUUGUCGAAGGGAUUCGUGACAUAAGAGUCGCCAAAGCAGUUGCCGACUUUGAAUCCAGGAUUAGCGAUUGGAAUACCUGUGGCGAUUUGAUAAUGAAAUUUGUCACCCCGCUUCAUAUCUUCCGACGACUUGCUUGUUUUUGCAGCCUUGCCUGGUAUUUGUUCGAAAAUGACUGCAUCGAAGGGGCCCAAAUGGUAGCUGAUCGCAUUUCCUUUAUUCUAACCAAACUUCUUUCGCCUGAGCAGACCAACGUUUUAGACGAUCAUCAAAUCAGUUCCUUCCUUUAUUUAAUCGUCACCAUGGAGACAAACGCUUUAACGACUAGUCCGGAGAGAACUGAAUCAGUGGUCACUCUAUUCGGCCGAUUGGAUGUCUAUCGCCAAUGCUUGUUGAUUAUCGAUUUACAAGCAAAUUACUAUGACGUAAUCAACAAUAUCCCUUCGUGUCGAGGUCUCUUCCGGCAGCUUUGUGAAUUUGUAGCUUCCAGUGAUCUUCAUUCGUCGAGUUCUCUGCUGGAGUUAAUCGUUCCCCUAUUCAAGGUCUACGUUAGUUUUAAUGACAGUGAAUUGCUCCAGAUUCUGAUUGAAAAAUUGUGCCUCGUCGAUGAUUCUAAGGACAUUAUCCAUACCAAUUGUCUUCUGGAUUCGAUCUUGUUAUCACCAGACAUUGGUAAAGUUUUCGCCUUUUCUACACUGGGAAAAUCAGCAGUCAAUGAUUUGCUGAAUACCCGAAUCGAUCAACUUUUGGAAACUGGGUUUUUACCCGAAAGCUCUUUAGGCACUGAAAUGGACGCAAGUGCAGAGCCGGAGGCGUACGAGAAAGUCUUCCGCCAUAACGCCGCCUUUCAAGCAAGCUUGGCUUCGUAUAUUCACUUGGUGAUGAGUAUGGAGACCAUUCAAGAUCUGGCCCAUUUCGAUCGUGUCUUGUUGAUGGGAUUGAUAGUAUUCAGUUUGACAUUUGAACGGCUUUGUGACCUUAUACUCGACGUUCGUAAGUUGGGUGAAGCCGAAUUGAAAUCGCAUCCGUCUAGGAAGGAACUAUAUGUGGAAUUGUGUCGUAUGCUUAUCCAGUUUGACAGUCAAUGCGCAGAAAAGGUUAGCAGCAAAAAAAUCAUUGAAAUUCUCAAAUGCUUUGUUUGGCUCCAAGACCGCGAACUAGUCCAAUCACUGAUGCAUCAAAUCUGUUUUGGCGGAUCUAAAAAUUACUCAUAUUUCGAAGAUAAAAAUGUCUUCGUUGGCAUUAUUUCCCGUGCACCACACCUCUUGGAUCAUCUGAUUCCAGAUGUUUUCACCUUUACUACCAUUACAGUGGAUGCGCUAUUCAAAGCCUGGAUAAAAGACAUUGGUAAUUGCUUAGGCACCGGCGACCUUGCUGUUGAUCAGAAUUUACCGCCAUCUGACUCCAGUUUGCUAGAACCAGUUCAUACAAACAUCGUUAAGUGUUUUCAGCUUUACAUCCGCAAUGAAAAACAGCACCCCCAUCCCUCGCAGUAUAGCCUGAAUGUAUUCUCUCCUCUCCUGGCCAAGCUGUCCACCUGGAGAAUGGCGCACAUCUUAAUUCAAAUCCACCAAACGGAGAUGGAAGAAGUGUCCAGUCUUAAAGAAUCUGCCACGUGCGUUAGUCUCAUCCGCCACAUCGCUCAGCAAUUCGCCACCCGAGACAUGACCGUACUUAUCAAAUCAGAAAGGGUGGAAAUCCUCGAUUGCUUGGUUGAAGUUAUGGUUUGCCUUCUUUGGCUUGGUGAUCACUAUUCGUUAUUGCCUUAUUUACAUCAAAUUUGUUCCAGUUUCCAACCUUGGCAAGAGAAUCCUUUAGUGUUCAAAAUAGUUUCAUCUACCAAAGUGCGUGAGAUGGCACUUACGUGUCAUUAUAGCCGAAUGGCUCUCUGUCGUCUAGUGGAGCAGCGCAUCACUCGACUGAAAAUGAUUAAAGCCAAAGAACCGGCUCUUUAUUCAUCGAAUACAUCAGGUUUUCAACCAGCUUUAAACAAAAAUUUCUACAGCUCUCAAUCGCAGCUCGACGAAAUGAAAUUUCUGCAACGCCUUCUUCAAUCGAAACGGAACCUCGAUAUCCACGCUGAAGAUCAUGAGGAUACACAAUGAUGCAAAAUACAACCCAACAGCCUCGCGUGACUCACACAGGAUGAAACUAUUUUCUCCAUCCGCUGUUCAGUCUUCUGCAGCAUUUGUCCUUGAAUGGAUGCGUUCGAAUUUCUGUCGUCGCCCGUGACUUGGGCUAUAAC